AUGCCCCCUUCCAGGGAUACUGGGGCCCUCGAUUGCAUCCAUCCUGCGCUGCCGGUUGAACCGUUAGAUGGCAAGCAUCGGUGCCACCUGCUGCCAUCACCAUCGCCCCUCAUUCACCCAUGCGCGACCCGCCCCAUCUCCUCGCUCACACCACACCCCUCGAUACCUCCGUCCGCUCGCCGCGCCGACAUGCCCGCCGCCCUCUCCGCCUGGGUGUGCCUCGCGCUCAACGUCACCGCCGCUUGCCACCUCCUGCUGCUUCCCCCGCGCGGCUCCCUUCCCCCCGCCGCGCAUUCCCGCGCGUCGAAUACCGGCCAAUCAGACGCGGGCAAUGAAGGUGACCCGCGGGUUGACUUGGGAGGCCGCAGCAGGCUACAGGGGGAGCUGGCGGCAGUGGGCGCAAGCUGGGGGGAAGCGGAAGGGGGGAGGCGGAGAGGGAGAGGGGGGCCGGUGGGGAAGCAGCAGCAGAGGGAUGGCGGGGAGCAAGGAGGCAGGGGGAGCAGAGCGCAGGAAGAGCAAGGGGGGCGCACCGUUGAGAGCGAGGCGGGUGGAGGGGUGGUGUGGGCGGAUGGGACGUGCGCCCAGCUGUUCCUCCUGGAAGGUACAUGCCUACGCGCCCUCUCACUAGCUCACCAGCACGCCAUGCAUGCCGGUGUCAACACCCCUUUCACCUCCUCCGUGCCGCAUAGGCCCUCGCCCCACUCCAUGCUGUUCCACACUCUUCCCCAUCAUCACCCCCUCCAGCCGCUACCAACCGCUCGUCAUAUCAGCUACAGCCACACUCAUUCCCCCCGACGCCUUUCACUGCGCCCCCACACGUUGCUGACACCCAGGAGAUCGCACUGCUGCGGCGAGCAGUGCAGGGGUCACCUGGGGAUAUUUCUCUGCUGUUCCAACGAGGCGCAGGCGCUACUGGAAGCGGGGCGGUGUGGGGAGGCGGUGGGGGAGCUACAGGCGGUGGUGGCGGCGCAGGGGCAGUACUGGCAGGUGCGCGUGGUGCUGGGGCAGGCGCUCCUGGUGGCGGGGCACGCCCAGGAGGCCGACUCCACUCUGCAGGCUGUCCUGGCCAUGGAUGCACGUACUGUGCUCCCCCCUGUCCCUGCUCUGCACUGCUCUGCUGUGCUGCUCUGUGCUCUGCUGUGCUGCUCUGUGCUCUGCUGUGCUGCUCUGUGCUCUGCUGUGCUGCUCUGUGCUCUGCUGUGCUGCUCUGUGCUCUGCUGUGCUGCUCUGUGCUCUGCUGUGCUGCUCUGUGCUCUGCUGUGCUGCUCUGUGCUCUGCUGUGCUGCUCUGUGCUCUGCUGUGCUGCUCUGUGCUCUGCUGUGCUGCUCUGUGCUCUGCUGUGCUGCUCUGUGCUCUGCUGUGCUGCUCUGUGCUCUGCUGUGCUGCUCUGUGCUCUGCUGUGCUGCUCUGUGCUCUGCUGUGCUGCUCUGUGCUCUGCUGUGCUGCUCUGUGCUCUGCUGUGCUGCUCUGUGCUCUGCUGUGCUGCUCUGUGCUCUGCUGUGCUGCUCUGUGCUCUGCUGUGCUGCUCUGUGCUCUGCUGUGCUGCUCUGUGCUCUGCUGUGCUGCUCUGUGCUCUGCUGUGCUGCUCUGUGCUCUGCUGUGCUGCUCUGUGCUCUGCUGUGCUGCUCUGUGCUCUGCUGUGCUGCUCUGUGCUCUGCUGUGCUGCUCUGUGCUCUGCUGUGCUGCUCUGUGCUCUGCUGUGCUGCUCUGUGCUCUGCUGUGCUGCUCUGUGCUCUGCUGUGCUGCUCUGUGCUCUGCUGUGCUGCUCUGUGCUCUGCUGUGCUGCUCUGUGCUCUGCUGUGCUGCUCUGUGCUCUGCUGUGCUGCUCUGUGCUCUGCUGUGCUGCUCUGUGCUCUGCUGUGCUGCUCUGUGCUCUGCUGUGCUGCUCUGUGCUCUGCUGUGCUGCUCUGUGCUCUGCUGUGCUGCUCUGUGCUCUGCUGUGCUGCUCUGUGCUCUGCUGUGCUGCUCUGUGCUCUGCUGUGCUGCUCUGUGCUCUGCUGUGCUGCUCUGUGCUCUGCUGUGCUGCUCUGUGCUCUGCUGUGCUGCUCUGUGCUCUGCUGUGCUGCUCUGUGCUCUGCUGUGCUGCUCUGUGCUCUGCUGUGCUGCUCUGUGCUCUGCUGUGCUGCUCUGUGCUCUGCUGUGCUGCUCUGUGCUCUGCUGUGCUGCUCUGUGCUCUGCUGUGCUGCUCUGUGCUCUGCUGUGCUGCUCUGUGCUCUGCUGUGCUGCUCUGUGCUCUGCUGUGCUGCUCUGUGCUCUGCUGUGCUGCUCUGUGCUCUGCUGUGCUGCUCUGUGCUCUGCUGUGCUGCUCUGUGCUCUGCUGUGCUGCUCUGUGCUCUGCUGUGCUGCUCUGUGCUCUGCUGUGCUGCUCUGUGCUCUGCUGUGCUGCUCUGUGCUCUGCUGUGCUGCUCUGUGCUCUGCUGUGCUGCUCUGUGCUCUGCUGUGCUGCUCUGUGCUCUGCUGUGCUGCUCUGUGCUCUGCUGUGCUGCUCUGUGCUCUGCUGUGCUGCUCUGUGCUCUGCUGUGCUGCUCUGUGCUCUGCUGUGCUGCUCUGUGCUCUGCUGUGCUGCUCUGUGCUCUGCUGUGCUGCUCUGUGCUCUGCUGUGCUGCUCUGUGCUCUGCUGUGCUGCUCUGUGCUCUGCUGUGGAG